GCACCCACAAAUUCUGAUGAUCCUAACCACAUCUCAGCAGUAGUAGUUUAGAAAACAGUUGGGUCUGCGAAACGGUUUCGCCGUGUAUUGGAUUGAAGGGACUUCAGAUUUGGCGUGAACGUUACAUGAAACGUUGGCUCGAAACCUUUGGAGCCGAAUAGACGAGACUCUUCGAUUCCGCAGGACUCAGGCAAUCCUUAGUGACAGAGCAAGCUGUUUGCCCACCGGUUGUUUCACUGGAGCUGUGGGCUGUAAGCUCAGCAGCAAACGCUUUGAAGGACAUCUAGGUUUUCUCGGUGACGAUUUAGUAGGCACAAAAUCUGCAAACCCAAUUUAGAGCAGCAGCGAAAGCGAAGAUUCUCAAGAAAUCUAAGGGUGAAUCGUAACCAACUCCUGAGAAGAGGACAGAUUUUGAGAUUGUAAAGUCGGCAGAAUGUUUCCACGACCAAACCGAAAGCCCGGCGUGCCCUACUCUGAUUUCCCUGUCGAUGAGAUGGGUAACAAAUCUGAAAUGAUCACUCACGGGACGCCGUCCAGAUACUCGUUCGUGAUCGAAGGUCUCGAUGGCUACUGGGCUCAUGUUGAACGAUGCAAUUCAAAUCGAGAUAAGAGGAAGGAUUAUCUGCCCUUCAUUGCUGGGCAAGGGCUUCAUGUGGGCUUCAUCCACCCCAAGUUUGCUGAGGAAUUGAAGCGCUUCCCAGGCAUUUUUACCUUUUCUGGGGACAAAGCGAAAGGACAGAUGGUUCAAUUGAACCGCACCCUCAUUACCGAGAAAGAUUGCACAGCUUCUGUCGAAGGCGUGAUGCAAAUCUUGGCGAACGAGGGCAAGAUACACAGCUGGCGCAAUGAGAAAUAUCCAGUUGUCACAAGCUUUGGAUCACCUUCUCUGUUUUGGUUAGAACGAGCUUGCGUGCCAUACUUGGGCACCAAAGCAUACCACACGCAUCUGAACGGGUACACAAUCGUUGACGGCGAGAUGUUCCUGUGGGUGAGCAUUCGUGGUGAUAGCAAGAUGCAUCAGGACUUUCCUGGGAAGUAUGAUCAUCUUGUUGCCGGAGGCCAGCCCGUCAACCUAACGCCUAAAGAGAACAUUCUAAGGUACGCUCAAGCAAGAGCUAACAUGCCAUCUGACAUGGCGGAGAAGGCCAUUCCUGUGCGUACUAUUAGUUACGAGCAGAUCGAUGAUCAGAAAAUGAAGAGAGAUGUUAUCUUCUGUUACGACCUCGAGGUGCCGUAUUUCUGGCAACCAAAAAACAAUGACGGAGAGAUUGACUCAUUCAAGAUAAUGCGUGUCACAGAAGUGGCAAAGAUCAUCCGAUCGUCGACCGGAAGCUACAAAGCAAAUUCAGCCCUUGUCGUCAUCGAUUUUCUGUACAGACACGGAUUCAUAAAUCCGAAUGAGCAUGGCUAUCUGGAACUACAGCAAUCUCUGCAACAAGGAGAAAAUGAGUAAAUCAUCGUCUGUAGAGUUCCCCAGUUCGUAUCCACCUGAGUUUGCAUCUCUCCAGCUCCAUCAUCAAACACCAGGAACUUUCACGAAAAAACAAAAAAAAAGUAACAGUAAAGAAAAGUAGAUAGAUAUCCAACUUUCAUGAAAAGAGCAACCGAUGCCUUCCGUAUGUCCACGGAGUCUCCAGUUCCCAGUACCGACUUCGUUACGUAUCAAGGGUAAACUUUGUCCCAUUGUUUGAAUAUUCCCGCAAGACAAGGUAAGUUACUUCACAAAGCACCUCGCUUGUUACUGACAAAGCACUCUACUGACUGAUGGAUAUCGACAAUAGUUAAGGAUGGGCAGGAGACUGGAAGGUGGCAUUGUGGGACCAGUCCAAAGGAACUGCAGCAAACUGGAUGAUGGAAUCUCGGUGCUCCGAAGAAGACAUCUCUGACUUCUGGGGGCAGCUCUGAGUGGAAACCUUCCUGUUAGGACACUGAGUUGGACUCUUUAGAAGGAAACUCCAAUUGAAUCCUAAACUUAGUCAAAAAUCUACCCCAUUGUCUAUGUUUAGAACUCCCGAGUGUUUAGAAACCAGCUCUGAACCGUCCACAAAUCCGUGUGCAGACAUCGAACACAACCAAACCCAGCAAUCGGAGUCAACGUGCUCAGUCCACACCAGAUCUGCUGGAGUGUGUGUACCCGGGACCACUUGGUUCACUGCAUAAUUCUACAAGUUGUGUUUUGCUUGUUGUUGUGAA